GCAUCAUAUCUACCUCAUGUAAAGUGGCAGAGGUGACCAUGGUAAAAAGAGUAGCUAUUAUUGGCGCUGGAGUGAGUGGACUGGCAUCCAUCAAAUGCUGCCUAGAUGAAGGACUGGAACCUACCUGCUUUGAGAGGAGUGAUGGCAUUGGGGGACUUUGGAGGUUCACGGAAUCUGCAGAGGAUGGCAGAGCCAGCAUUUACCACUCUGUGUUCACCAACUCUUGCAAAGAAAUGAUGUGCUAUCCCGACUUUCCUUUCCCAGAAGAUUUCCCAAACUAUAUGCACAAUACCAAGCUUCAAGAAUAUAUCCAGAUGUACGCCAAGCACUUUGAUCUUGUUAAAUACAUAAAGUUUAAGACUCUUGUGAGCAAUAUUAGGAAACGUCCAGAUUUCCCUACCACAGGCCAAUGGGAUGUCAUGACAGAAAAGAAUGGCAAGGUGGAAUCAGCCAUAUUUGAUGCUGUUAUGAUUUGUUCUGGACAUCAUGUCUAUCCAAAUACUCCAAUUAAUAGCUUUCCUGCCACAUCACACUGGGAUCCCAGAAAUGGCGAACAGAAGGAUGCGGGGGACAAGGAAGCCGUUCUUGCUGAGGCAGCAUUGGUAGAAGUGCGGGGCAUGGAAGGCGAGCUCCAGGUGGUGGUGCGAGAUGAAGCUGGAGUGGCCCGUGUUGAAGUCCACCGAGUCCUGCGAGGAGCCGCCACCCUUGUCACCAAUGCCUGCCGCAUCACAAACUCCAGAUUGCGGUCCCGAAGACGAGCCAGCGCCAGAGGCAGCACCAGCACCAGGCCCAAGGAGGUGCAGGAAGAGGCCACCAACACCGAUGUAUUCUAUAUUUCCUAA